AUGUUCACUAGAUCUCCAGAACAGUACCAGAAGCUGAAUUUCUUUGAGGCGGAUAUCGCAAACACCAGUUAUGUGCGCAUGAUGAAGAGCGUCAAACUUCCAACUUCUGGAACAAAAUACCGCUACGCCAUCAACUCUCCUAGCGAGAGUGGUAAGCCAUACCUCUUGUUCCUUCACGGCUUUCCAGAGUCUUCGUACAGCUGGAUCAAUCAGAUCGAAUAUUUUACCAGACGUGGCUAUGGCAUUAUAGCUCCAGAUCUUCUGGGUACUGGUGGUACAGACAAGCCCGUGGAACUGGAAGCUUACAGUCUGAAGAUGAUGGCAUCUGAAGUUGCUGGAUUGCUCGAUUGUGAGGGCAUUGAGAACGUAGUGGCGGUUUCGCAUGACCUGCAAGUAAAAGCACAAGGAUCUUUCUUACUUCCCCGACUGCACACGUAUCAGUCGAGAUAUCUUUCAGCUCUUGUAUUCAUGGAUAUCGGCUACUUCGCCCCCGGCGUAGAUGUCAAUAUGACCUACGUCGAGACUUACAAUAACAUCUCAGAAGCCGAAGUCGGUUACCCCGCUCUCGGAUACUGGUACUACUAUGACCAACCAGAUGGACACGUCCUCAUGGACGAACAUUUGGAUUCAUUCUACUCUCUUAUCUACUCUUUCAACACACCAACAGAUUGGAUCGAGCACAUCGCCAAGAUCGGCGCCUCCCAAGAAUGGCUAGCAGCAGAUAGAAUGGCAGAAUACGGCAACGAUUACAUUACCAAUUCCGCUCGAGAGCGAUGGAAAACCAUUACCCAAGCACAGGGUGGUGUUCAGGCAGCUCAGAGAUGGUACGAAGCGCUUUUGCGAGGUAUCAACUCGGAAGACGAAGACGAAGUUCGAUCGAUGUCAGGAAUAAUUGAGCAACCAUCACUUUUGAUCGGGGCAGACAGGGAUCCUGUUGGUCUUCCGGCACGGCAGCUGAUGGCGACUUUACCUUAUGCUCCGAGAAUGCAGGUUAAGUCUGUUGAUUCUAGAUACUUUCUUCUCAUCGAGCAGGCGGAUGAAGUCAACGAGCAUCUCUAUAAGUUCUUGCAGAGUCUAUGA